CGACGUGGAUCCGGCGGCGCCUGCGCGGCCCCGCUCGCUCCGCUCCGCUCCCUCAGCGCCGCGCCCGGCCCGGCCCGGCGGCCCCGCCGGCUGCGGGGGCACCUGCGGGGAACGGGCGCUGCGGAGCCGCCGAGGAUGAGCUGGUUCAACGCCUCGCAGCUGUCCAGCUUCGCCAAGCAGGCGCUGUCGCAGGCGCAGAAGUCCAUCGACCGGGUGCUGGACAUCCAGGCCGAGGAGAGCCCCUGGCCCGACGCCGUCAUCCCCGACUACGGUGACGGAACAAAUUCUCUCCUAAGUGGAGGAUGGGACACAUCUUCCUGGGGCUUGAGCUCAAAUGCAGAACCCCAGAAUCAGCCAGCAUCGCCCACAGCCAUCACAAAGCCCGUGAGGAGGACGGUAGUGGAUGAAUCUGAAAACUUCUUCAGUGCCUUUCUCUCCCCAACAGACGUUCAGAGUAUACAGAAAAACCCAGUGGUGUCCAAACCUCCAGCCAAGUCACAGCGACCCAAAGAGGAGGUGAAAAGCACUUUAAAGGAGUCCCAGCACUCCAGUCAGCUGGAAGGGGCAGUGACAGCAGAGGCAGAAGUGAAGGAUUCCUCCGUGGCUGUCCUGGACUUGAAAAGCCUUGAUGUUCCCAAGGAAAAGUUAGAAGAGAAUGCUGUGCUUCAAUCUGAUGCCCAGCAUGAAGAAAGCACAAAUGAAAUUACUGACAAAAAGGUGUCUGCUCUAAAUUUUGAAGAACCUGAAGAUUCUCCUGCUGAAAAAUCCAGUGUAGGAGGGGAUGGAGCAGCAGGUGCACCCGAGGGCCCUUCUCAGCCCCUUGGAGCAGGCACAAAGGACCUGGGCUUGGAAGGGAAGGAGAGAAAGCCUGAGGACAGGCAAAGCAACACCCCAUCACCUCCCAUCAGCACCUUCUCCUCAGGCACUUCCACAACCAGUGAUAUUGAGGUUCUGGACCACGAGAGCGUGAUAAGUGAGAGCUCAGUAAGCUCCAGACAAGAAGCUGCAGAUUCCAAAUCCAGCCUCCACCUCAUGCAGACGUCGUUCCAGCUCCUGUCCACGUCGGCCUGUGCGGAUUACAAUCGCUUAGAGGACUUCCAGAAAAUGACCGAGAGCUGCGGCUCCUCGGAUGCUUUUGAAAGAAUUGAUUCAUUCAGCGUGCAGUCCUUGGACAGCAGGAGUGUCAGUGAAAUCAAUUCAGAUGAUGAGUUAUCAGGCAGGGCUUCUGCCUCGGCCUCUGUCGCUGUCAGUCCCUCCGUGCCAAAGACAGAAAUGCCUGAAGCCCUGAAAAAUAAAUCUGAAAACUUGAACGAUGCUCCUGUGUUACAUGCUGAGGAAGCUGAGAUGGAGGAGAGUGGGAGAAGUGCAACCCCUGUUAAUUCUGAGCAGCCAGAUGUUGUUUUGGUUGCUGCUGUGCAAACAGCUGAAGAGCAGGUUGUGAAGGAGGAGGCCGAGCCCCAGCAGGAUGCUGGGGAACAAUUGGUAGAAGAGGACACUGAAAAGCAAGAGUUUAAAAAGAUGAUUGAUUCAUUAACUGAGAAGCUGGAGAAGAGGGAAAUACAGUUAUUAAGUACUAGUAAAGAAAGGGCUCGCUUGGAAGAAGCUUAUGAUAACCUCAAAGAUGAAAUGUUUAGAAUGAAAGAAGAGAGCAGCAGCCUUUCAUCUCUUAAAGAGGAGUUUGCUCAGCGAAUUGCAGAUGCUGAGAAGAAGCUCCAGCUAGCCUGCAAAGAGAGAGAUGCAGCUAAAAAGGAAGUAAAGACUGUUAAAGAGGAAUUGGCUACUAGACUUAAUACCAAUGAAACUGCUGAAUUAUUGAAAGAAAAAGAGGAGCAAAUCAAAGGGUUAAUGGAGGAAGGAGAAAAGCUUUCCAAACAGCAGCUGCACAAUUCCAACAUUAUUAAGAAAUUAAGAGCCAAAGAGAAAGAGAGAGAAAGUGUUAACACAAAACAGAACAAAAAGAUUAAGGAAUUGGAAGAGGAGUUGCAGCAUUUAAAACAGGUGCUUGAUGGCAAGGAGGACCUUGAGAAGCAGCAUCGAGACAGCAUUAAACAGCUGAACAGUGUUGUGGAGAGGCAAGAAAAGGACCUUGCUAAGCUUCAGGCAGAAGUGGAGGAGCUUGAAGAAAGGAACAGGAGCGUGCAGGCAGCACUCGACAGUGCAUACAAGGAACUUGCAGACCUUCAUAAAGCUAAUGCUACAAAGGACAGUGAGGCUCAGGAAGCAGCCCUCAGUCAGGAAAUGAAGGCAAAGGAGGAGCUGGGGUUAGCACUGGAAAAGGCCCAGGAGGAGGCUCGGCAGCAGCAGGAAGCUUUGGCAAUCCAGGUGGCAGACCUGAGGCUGGCACUGCAACGUGCAGAGCAGCAGGCAGCAAGAAAAGAAGAUUAUUUACGGCAGGAAAUUGGAGAACUACAACAGAGACUCCAAGAAGCAGAGAGCAGGAACCAAGAGCUGAGCCAAAGUGUUACCUCUGCCACACGGCCCCUCCUGCGGCAGAUCGAGAACCUGCAGGCCACGCUGGGAGCACAGACCUCUGCAUGGGAGAAACUGGAGAAGAACCUUUCUGACAGGCUGGGUGAGUCUCAAACUCUUCUAGCAGCGGCUGCUGAGAGAGAACGGGCUGCUACAGAAGAACUUCUUGCUAAUAAAAUUCAGAUGUCCUCUUCUGAAUCUCAAAAUAGUCUUUUAAGGCAGGAAAAUUCCCGUCUUCAGGCUCAGCUGGAAGUGGAGAGAAACAAGCUGAAGAAAAUGGAAAAUGAAAACAGCAGGUAUGAGGUUGAACUAGAAGGGCUCAAAGAUGAGUAUGCAAAGACCUUGGAAGAUGCAAAGAAGGAAAAGGCACUGCUGGCCACUCAGUUAGAAAUGGAGAAGAUGAAGGUGGAGCAGGAGAGAAAGAAGGCUAUUCUUGUGCAAGAAGCAGCAAAGGAGAAGGACCGAAAGUCAUUUACAGUUGAAACUGUAUCGAGUACGCCGUCAAUGUCCCGCUCCAGUUCCAUAAGUGGGGUGGAUAUGGCAGGGCUUCAGACCUCUUUUGUCUCACAGGAUGAUCCUCACGAUCACUCAUUUGGACCAAUAGCUCCCAGUGGGAGCAAUCUCUAUGAUGCAAUAAGGAUGGGAUCGGGUUCAAGUAUAAUUGAAAACCUUCAGUCACAGCUGAAACUAAGAGAAGGAGAGAUUUCACAUCUGCAGCUGGAAAUUGGAAACCUGGAGAAAACUCGAUCAAUAAUGGCAGAAGAGCUGGUUAAAUUAACAAAUCAGAAUGAUGAGCUUGAAGAAAAAGUGAAGGAAAUACCCAAAUUACGCACACAGUUAAAGGAUUUGGAUCAGAGGUACAACACCAUCCUCCAGAUGUAUGGGGAGAAGGCAGAGGAGGCUGAGGAGCUCCGACUGGACCUGGAAGAUGUGAAAAACAUGUACAAGACUCAGAUAGAUGAACUUUUAAAACAAAGACAAAAUUAACUCCUCAUGGAACAUUUAACAUUAUAUGGUGAUGGACUGUAAAGAUAAACUGUUUAUGUAAAUGCUGAAUUUAAAUGUCUUGUAAAAAGCCCCUGUAUUAUAGAAAAUGUGACUAUUAUAAUAGAGUUCAUAUGCUGACAGAAGAAUCAAUGCUUUAAGUGUCCUGUUCUGUCCGCAGUUAAAUUAUUUGUGCAAUAUUUAAUUUUUUUUCUUCAGUCAUCCUUUUAUUUAAGUUUUUAUUAAACGGUGGGUCACUUUACAUAAACAGUAGAAAUUAUGAUUGUUACCUUGUGACACAGCACUGGAAGGCACGAGUAGUACUGAAGCAGCCCUUGAUUCAUAAUCUUUGUAAACCUAUGAAAAUCACAUUGGAAGUCUUUCUCAAGUGUUUAUAUCAGUUUUUCUAAAAUCUCAUCGGGUAAUUUUGCAUAACUAAGUAGCAGGGACGUGCUGUCUGAAGCAUAAUUGGUGGAUAUUGUUAUGACAGAAAAAAUCUUGGAUUUGUGCUUACAACAUCUGAAUGUGUCAGGGCAUUGUCUAAGAUUAUUCUUAGACAAAUCUGAUUAGUCUGACUACACUAAGUCCUCUAAAGCAGAGUGUGAGACUCAGAUGAGACUUUAAAUCACAGUUCAUCUUGUGAUGAUGUAUUGCUUGUGUUCUCAUGAGCAGUCUGGAGACAGCAGCUCUGCUUGUAAUAAGUGUGUUAUUACCACCAGAAAUCUGAGUUAUUAAAUAUCUCUUUUAAAUUUAGUAGCUGAUUUUCAACAGUAGCUAGAACAGUUCAGAAGAAUGCAGGAAUUUUUUAAAAAAAUAAAUUGCUGCAGAUCUCAUGGUUCCUUUUAUAUAAGUAGCAAGGGUUAGACUUCUUGUAAAAUUGAACUGUGGCUUAAUAAUAGUUUUCGAGCAAGUCUCCAGUGGCUGCAGAGUAUUUCUCAUGCCAUUUCUUAAGCAAGGUAUUGGUCAAACAGCACUCACGUGGCUUGGAGUUGAGCUGCAUUUUUGGUAAUGUCAGAGGAAAUGUUUGAAUGGGACCCUUGGGAAUGCUGAGAAGAAGCUUUCGUCUUCCUCUCUGCAUUCCAGAGAGCAAAUAUUUUGCUGCAUCUCAGAACCCACUCGUGUGAAAUACUGGGCAGUUAAAAUUCUUUACUUAUCACACCAGUGCCUCUGUUGGGAGAGGGGUUUUUUUCCCAGACCACUCCACGUUGUAAUUUGGGAACUCUUUUCCUGCUUAGCCAUUCAGUGGCCUGACAAAGGAUGUGAAGGGUGAGGAGUUGCUUCUGGAGAAAUACUUCUUGGUAAUAUGAUUUUACUGUAGGUGUUAAGGAUUUAUUCCUCACUGGGAGAACAGUUAGUCACUGAAGUUACACAGGCAAGGGAAUAUUCAUGGAAAAUCCUAGUCUGAUUUGAGAUUCAGGCAGUUACUCUGUGAGGAUUUCUUUAAAGCCAUACAGCCAGAAGACUUAAAUUUGUUAUAACUCCCCAUCUAUCAUAGAAACUUCUAACUGCUUUAAUAAAAAUACUUUUUUCUCUUU